AUGCAAGUGAAUACACCAAGAAUGCAGUUUGGAAGAAGACCAACUAGUGCACCUACAAACCAGAAAUUUCCAACCAUACAGGGUAAUUACCAGAAAUAUCCAACCAUACAGGGUAAUUACCAGAAAUAUCCAACCAUACAGGGUAAUUACCAGAAAUAUCCAACCGUACAGGUUAAUUACCAGAAAUUUCCAACCAUACAGGGUAAUUACCAGAAAUAUCCAACCGUACAGGGUAAUUACCAGAAAUAUCCAACCAUACAGGGUAAUUACCAGAAAUAUCCAACCAUACAGGGUAAUUACCAGAAAUAUCCAACCGUACAGGGUAAUUACCAGAAAUAUCCAACCAUACAGGGUAAUUACCAGAAAUUUCCAACCAUACAGUGUAAUUACCAGAAAUAUCCAACCAUACAGGAUUGA